AUGCUGCAGUAUUUGGAAGAAUGUGAGAUCGCGCCUCCGUCGGCAGGCGAAGAGCAUGCUGUAUGGCAGCUCGUAUGGACGAAGCAGGGCAUUGUAGCUGGGCGAGCUUCUGGUUCCGUGGAUGUAUUAGAUUUUGACAAGUUGGAGACAAAGCAGUCUUGUACCGAAGAGCAUUCACUCGGGAUCGUUUCGCUUUCUCAGAGCGCCGACGACAGGUACUUGCUCACUAACAGCAUGGAUGGUGCCAUCACGCUGUGGCAGUGGACAAAGGAAGGUCGUCUUGAGCAAGCAGCGCAGCGUGCUUCCAUCAAGGGCAUACCAUGUGGUCCAGAACCGAAUGAGCCAUAUCCUGUGCAGGCAUGGGUAAGCGCGCUGCACCCGGAUGCGCAUGUCUUUGCAGCAUCCGGCGAGAAUGCUUGCGUGGCGCUUUUUUCCGCGCACCCGGACACAUUUGGCGAGCAAGGACAGCGUCUGUCGUUCGAUACCUCGUAUGCGUCGUAUGCCACGUGUCUGGCAUUCAAUUAUGAAGGGGAUUUGCUUGCUAUGGGUACGAAUACGGGUGUGGUGUUCAUCUGGAACAUUCACACUGGCGAGCAGGUUGCCUGCCUUACGGAACAUGCUCAACCCGUGCGAACUGUGACGUUUGCACGUCCGAAUGUAUCGUAUUCGGACCAUAUGUUUGUUGGAUCCGAUGAUCGGACGAUCACGGUGCAUGAUGUCCAGGCGAUCCGGAGUCAUGUCAGUGAGACGGCCGUAGCAGCCCUGCAGGGACACCGCGGCUGGGUCCUUGAUGUACAGGCAGGCGGAAACGGGCGUGUGAUUGCGUCGACAUGCAGCGAUCACGUCGUCCGAUUGUGGGAUCUGGGCACGUCGCCCAUCGAAUGUAUUAUGACUCAGACACAAAAGACGCCCAUAUGGGGCGUCGCAUGGCAUCCAGACUCCAUGGAGGGCACAAGAGAAGAUAUGGGAUCAUCCACACUCAUGGCUGCGGGGCAUCGCUUCAUCACAGGCAGCGACGACGGACAUGUGCGCAUGUACCGCUCAGCAGGCACAGGCACACGUGCAGACGAAGUAAUUUAG